CCUCCUACAAUUAUUACUUACUGAAAAAGAAUAAAGGAUGCUCACUCUUGGAACCUACCAUCGUCCAUUCCUACUACAAUUACUACUUACUGAAGAAGAAAAAUGUUUGUAACUUCAAUUCAUACAAACCUUUGCUUAGAUUAUCUCCCUUGUUUUCUACAACUCCUUUAAGAUUAAUCUCUCUGAGACUAAUUUCGAAUACUGGGUUUAUGUUAAGGAGAGUUGGUGAUGAGAAGAACAUAGUUGUUGGUUCAGAAACGAUGACUGAGAUGACUAAAAUAUCUGCUUUUAGUGGCCGGAAUAGUGACGGAAGUUUUGAGAUUACUGAAAAUGAAGCUAUUUUGGGUAAUGGGUCUUCGGAUGUUCCUCGAGAAAUUGUUGUGUUAAGUGGAAUUGAAUCGACUCUAAAUCAUUUGAGUAAAUGGCUUGUGGUUACGGUUUUUGGAAUUAUUGUGAUUUGGAGGCACGAUGCUCUGGCCAUGUGGGCUGCAAUGGGAGCAGUUGCAAACGCAUGGCUUUCAAUCACGUUAAAACGAAUACUCAACCAAGAGCGACCUGUUGCUAGCUUAGGAUCUGGUCCAGGCAUGCCAUCUUCACAUGCUCAGUCCAUCUUCUUCGCUUCUGUCUAUGCUAUCCUAUCAUUGGUUAAAUCUCUAGGGUUGAAUGGAGUUACAGUGACCAUCGGGGUGCUCGGCUUGGCUUUCAGCUCAUAUCUUUCUUGGUUACGUAUAUCACAACGACAUCACACCAUUAGUCAGGUUGUGGUGGGUGCUAUUUUGGGAACCAUAUGCUCGAUUUUAUGGUUUCAGUCUUGGUACUGGUUCGUGCUACAAGCCUUCCUUUCCUUUUUAUGGGUACGGAUUAUUAUUGUUCUUGGGGGCGUCACAUGCUGUGUGAUCUUUCUGUUGUAUGUCAUUAAACAUUGGCUUAUGGAUGGUGAUGAAGAUUAGACUCUGUAAAUUGGGCCUGAUAAAUUUUGAAGUCAUGUAUCCAAAUUCUUUUGUGGCAUACUUGCAUGUAUAGUUCAGGUUGACAGGAUAAUAUUUUUGUCAAACCAUACCGUCGCACAUGAUGUUUCUGUAAGUUCUGUUGAAUUUUCAGGUGACUAGUUUGUUCAUUUCAUUUUUAUAAAUCCAAUUGAGGUAUCAUAAAAAUAUAGGCUUUACAGCUCAGAUUUAGCA